GAGUACGCCAUUGUUAACAAAUCUCAACAAAUUUCACGUUCUCCUUCCGUAUUUUUUACUAUUUUUCAGUGGCACCAAAAGGUUGCAGGGAAUUUCCAACUUGUUGAGAAUCCGUGCUGCUUGUAUAUUAUUUAUUGCAUUUUAAGUAGUUAAAUAAGAAUAAGUUGUUUAGUGGAAUUCCAAUGUCGAUAUCAUUUUAUUGUUUAUUGAGACGACAAAGAGGAAUUUUCUAGUUUGAUUUCAGUGCGGUAGUAAAUGACUACGCGUAACGUCCAUGUUUGGGGAAAUGUAUAAUAGUUUGUCUUAUUUGAGUUUAAUUUUAUGUUUAAGUUUAUCAUGGUCUCAACCCUUCAGCUUAACAGACAUGAAUUUGCAAUAUCACGUUUCCACUGAUGCCCAAACAUGGUAUCAAGCUCUCAUAAACUGCAAAGGGGCCGGCAUGGACUUGGUCAGCAUUAACUCAGCAGAAGAGCAAGAACGUUUGGAAAUGUUCUUAAAAGAGAAUGGGUUCAAUAAAGGUUAUUGGCUGUCUGGCACUAACCUUGGCAAUGAUAAUAAUAAUUACUCGUGGGCAUCGACGGGUGAACCGGUUGUUUAUACCAAAUGGCUACCGGGUCAACCUGAUAAUACCAUACAUGAGAAGAAUCGAGGGGAGAACUGUAUACAGUGGGGUAUGUACGAGGAAUCACCAGAACCUGCCGGAUGGAAUGACAUGUUUUGCAGGCAAAAGUUACAAUAUAUAUGUCAAGAAAGUGAUAAUAAAAGAUGUUGAGAGUU